AGUGGAUGGUAAACUAUGAUCCCUACUAAACGGGCAUCGUCAUUAUCUUCUCUAAGUCCCGUGGUUCUAUUCUACUGAGCAGUUGUUUGGGGUUAGUUUUUGUGUAUCUCUGCCGAGCAUUUACCCGUCCCUAUCUUUUUCUUUCUUCCGGUUUACCCUUUUCGGAAGGGGGAUAGGACAGUGGUGUUUUUCGUUGUGUUGUUGAGCGGGGGGAUGGGGAUGGGGAUUCGGUCACAGUAGUCGCACAUGCUUACCUUUCGCGGCGUUACUUACUUUACCCAUUUAUCCACCCUCCCCCCUUCCCCCCCUUGCUACCAGGGCUACGUAUGGCUAUUGCCUCAUGCGGAGAUGAGUUCCCGAUUGGGUAUAUGGUGCUUUUACUUACUUACUUACUUGCUUGCUUACUCCAGUUUUAUCUAUCCAUUUAUAUAUCCAUCUAAACCAUUGUUUGGAUGUGGUUUUGGAGUAGGCUUACGACAAUCGCAGCGUUUGAGGAAGUAAUAAUAGUUGGUUGCUGAACGUGUUGGUAUGUAUGUAUGUAUGUAUUUUGACGCGCGCGUAACUCCGUAUGAAAUGUAAGGUUGUAUGUAUCGAUCGGAAUACAUGGCUUUGUUUGCUG